CAUGUAUCGGCGUCACCGGCGCCUCUGACGGUGGGAGGAGAAGCUCACCGGAGCGCAGCGGCGCAGACAGACGGAUGGUUAGUGAGUGUCGGUCACCAUGAGCCACCGGCACCGCGCGCUCAGCUGCCUCUCCGUCGCGCUCGUCCUGCUGCUGCCUCCGGGUCCGGGACGCGUCGCGGAGCCCGCGGUGGCGGCGGAGUACUCCUCCAAAAGCGACUUGGACUACGAGUUCGGGGACUACCGGGGGAAGUGGUGCAUCGACGACCACGGUUUUGUUUACGGCAUCGGAGAGGUUUAUUACCCGAGCUCCACGGCGUGUCCUUGCACGUGCACCGUGGACGGUCCCGUGUGCGUCCGACCCAAGUGUCCCCGCAUCCACCCCCGGUGCACGCGGAUCAGAUAUAAGGCAUGCUGUCCGGUGUGCGAGGCUAUGGCCAGGGUCUGUGUCUACGGGGGAAAAGCGUACCGGCUCCUUGAGGAGUUUAGGUUGUCAAGGUGUGAGCGAUGUCGCUGCGAGGCCAACAGAGAGGUGUACUGCAGCAUUUCAGACUGCCCCGCCCCUCACUGCGUCAACCCCACCUACGAACCCAACCACUGCUGCCCCAUCUGUAAGACCGGUCCCAACUGCUUUGCUGGGAACAGGGUGAUCCCGGCCGGGGAGCGUGUGAACACUGAUGAGCAGACAGUAUGCUACUGCACCUACCGGGACGGGACGUGGCACACCCAUCCCCAGGCCACCUGCGAGCAGCGCCCCCAGCCCAGCCUGACACCCAGCACCGAGCCCCCCAGGGACGAGGAGACCAGGGCGAGAGGGGGAAGGCCGUUCAUUCCCAGACUGGAUGUGAUACCGUGAAGUUAAAUAAAUGUCUCAUAGAGGCAGAGCCACUCUGCAGGCACAAUAUAAACUCUAACUUUCUCUAUUAGUAGUAAACUGGGCUUCAAUAUGGCAUUACUCAAAUGCACAUUUAUAUUUAACACAACCAGGAAGAUUAUUUCAGAACAGCUCUGCCUCGAAUAAACGUAGGGUAAUCUGCAGGGAGGUUGGUGUUGAGGGUAAAUAAGGAACUGUAGGGUGAAACUGGCACCACAAAUGAUUUGCAAACAUGAUCUCUGGACACCUGGUAGUAUUUUUUUUACAUUGUAAUAUUUUCCAUUGUAUCACAUUUAGUUUUAGUUUCAAGUUUUAAUACUCAUUUUUGACUUCUGUCAAAAGGCCUAGGGGAGAGCGGGGUGAUCUGAGCCUGUGGGGAAGUUGAGACACCCCUUGUUUCUCGGCAACUAUAGACAAAAAUAAUAGACAAUAUUUGAUAAACACAUUUAAAAUAUAUAAAAUAUAUGUUAAUAUUUUAGUUGGAGACCUUACUGUCAUGUCCUCACUUUAAAGUCACAUCAAGUAAAAAGUGGCUCAGCUCACCCCACUCUCCCCUACACCCAAUAUUUGUUUCAGUAUAUCCAGCCCAAAUUAAAUGAAUAAGAUGAACUAGUGUUGAAAUAAAUCGUCCGUUGUUCACUAAGCCCCACCCUGUCAAGAUUUCCAUUCUCGCACAGCACAUACGCAGUUUACAGUGACAACAGCAUCAGAUUUACCAUGAAUAUUCAUAGACAUUUCAUUUAGCGAAUGUCAAUUGAUCGACGGAAUUUUGAUAAUUGCUUUUAUUACUAUUUAUUAUGUAGUUAUUUGUUAGGCAAAAAUGUUAACAUUCACUGGUUCCAGCUUGUUAAAUGUGAGUUUGAAGUUUGAAGAUAAAAAAGGGGCUGAAGAUGCACACUGACGGGGAGAUUAAUGCCUAGUGUGGAUGAGGCCACCUAUGUCUGUACACUCACUGCUGUUAAAGAAAAGUAUUUAUUCAGUUUAUCCCUUCCCGUACAGGGAAAAACCUACAAUCUACCUAUAUGUCUGUGAGGAUUUUCAGUUAUCCAGGUCAUAGUUUAAAAACAUCAUGGGCAACUGGACCUGGAAAGAGAUAAAAGGACAGCAUUGUAAGUAGGGGAUAAGUGGUGUAUCAGCCCUCCUCCCCUGUUGAGAGGUGGUUUCUCUAUCAUGGUGGAGAUGGCCUCUGUCAAACUAUACAAAUGUACAUUGUUGUCAUCGAUCAAUGACAAUUGAUUUUGGAGUUAUCUGCCACCUACAAUGCAGUCCUUUCAUCUCUUCUCAGUAGAGUGAACAAACGGCUUCAUGUGACUCCAACGACCACGGUGACGGUGGUUACAAAAGUCAGGAGCACUAACGAACCAAGCGUAUCCAUCGCCAUGAUAAUGACCCCACAGAGGUUAAAUGGCAGGGACUCUCUGCCAAUCAGUCAGAACUGAAGACUCGUGGAAACGUCUUAAAGUAUCUUCAACCAAGUCCAGAUGCCCUUGAUUUUGACCUUCCUUGGAUUAAAAUCUAAAUACUGACCGGACACCUCUGCCUCAUAAAACCUCCCAUCAUUCCACUGGGGAAUAUGGAUGGAGACAGGGAUUGCCAGGGUGUGUGAAAUGAGUGUAUCGGUGACAUACAGUAAGCGACAGAGGAGAACCAAGUGUUGGGUGUAUGUGGUAGUCUGGUUUCUCUCCAUGGACCUGCUGGUUUCCAUCUGUAAGCAGAGCGAGGCCAGACAUAUCCAAGUAGACCAGACUCUCUCUCUCUCUCUCUCACACACACACACACACACAAAAUGACUGUGUAAGCAGAGAAACAGUCACAUGCUACCUGGAGUAACAGAUGGUACACACAAAUGUAAUGUGAGGAGUACAUGCCAGUAAGCAUUCAUCUGCCUCCUUCAGAAUGUAUACUUUCUGUCAGUCUGUUGACAGAUUGAAUAAUGUGGCUUUUCUUUUUCUUGACCCAUUCUCCUGCAGUGAGGUCAGACAUCUUGCUCUCCUGACAACACGCAAUAAAGUGCUGACUGUCAGAGCUUGUAUACCUGGCAAAUGCUUUGGGCAGGAAAUUACCUUAAGUUAAACAUCAUCUCUUUGCCUUUUCUGUCCUAUCCUUGUGUCUAGUGUUCAACACUUCCUGUCCUCAUCAUCUUCAUGCUGGAGACAUGUCCUGUUAGCUUGUUAGGGAAGAGUGCCAGUCAGCUUAAAUCAGAUCUUAAGGUAUUUAUUUACCGGUACACUGGUUUAGAAUACUUUUCCCCAGUGGUUUGUCUUACCAAGUCUGAGUGCCUCCCUCUUAAAUGUGUGCUGUUGUGUAUCGUUACCUGUAACUUCCAAUUGCUGUUGGAGGCUGUGAAAUAAAGCUUGUAUAAAUGGACACUG